AUGUUCUAUUCAGAAACUCUUCUGUCAAAGACAGGUCCGCUCGCCCGUGUCUGGCUGGCCGCCAACAUCGAGCGCAAAUUGACAAAGAACAACAUCCUUCAGUCCGACAUUGGAAGCAGUGUCCACACCAUCAUCAAAAAUGACCAAGCUCCCAUUGCUCUGCGCCUGAGUGGUCAGCUUUUGCUCGGUGUCGUUCGUAUCUACAGUAGAAAGGCCCGCUACCUGCUAGACGACUGCAAUGAGGCCUUGAUGAAGAUCAAGCUCGCCUUCCGUCCUGGAAAUGUCGACCUUCCCUCUAACCAAUCCCACACUGCGAACCCUGCCGCCCUCGUGCUUCCCGACACAAUCACUGAGCUAGACCUUUUCGCCCCAAUGCCCGAUCUUGACGAGCUGCUACUCGACAGCACUCCUGGACCUGGCCAAGACCCUACACUUUUGGAUUGGGGUACCAGCCAGCUUUUGCCCGAGAGCAUGAACACCCGCGGAGAUGCCAGUCAGACUCUGCAACUCGAGGAAGAUGAUAUCGACCUUGACAUUGGCGACAUUACUGAAGGCGCCGCCGGAGGAGACACCAGCAUUGAAAUCGGUAGACGCGCCGAGACGCCGCGCCCAGAAAUGAAUGAUCAGAGCAUGCUGUACAAUGAUGACAUUGAUCUUGAUAUUGGUGGCCCCGAAGACACUAUUGANAAAGACAUCUCCAUGGCUCCUCUCCCCAUGGACGACGAUAUCGAGAUGGGCGGUCUUGACCUCCAAAUCGAAGAAAGCAACCUUGAUGCUUUGAACCGUGCAGAUGUGCGCCGUGAGCGGGAUAGUGUCUCGCCACUCUCGUCUGUUCGCUCUAGCGUCGAGCGCGACCUCGAGCAAACUUUCCAGCUCGAGCACCAGCCCACCGAACUCGAACAAGAUGAGACCAUGAUCCAGGCACAACAACGCGCCAAGCGUCGCAAGGUUCUCCCUGCUGACCUCAACACCGAACUUCACAACUCACAAAUUCGCGCCCAGCAGGAGGACCGCAGCAAGAUUCUCAAAGCNCCCACUUUCCUCCCCAGAGAUCCUGUCCUUCUAGCACUCAUGGAGAUGCAAAAGAACGGUGGAUUCGUGUCUAACAUUUUGGGUGAUGGCCGUAGCAUGGGCUGGGCUCCUGAGUUGAGAGGUGUGUUGUCUCUCGAGGUUGUCCGUACAGCUGGUGAGCUCAAGCGCAAGAGAGACAGCGGUCUNCCCCAAAUCGAGAUCCCUGAGGAGGAGGAAGAGACUCACGCUUUUGGGGCAGCCACAUCACCUGCUCCCGAAGAUCUCCAGGACCCCACUCUUGGUGCUGACGAUCUUGCUCCCGCUUUUGGUGGUGAUGACAUUCCUUCUAUCAUCGAGCCUGCCCAAGAAGAGGAGAUGGAAGCCUACUCACCAGCACCCGCUUUUGAUGAAACUACUAUGCCUGUUCUGCACCCUGCCGAUUCUGGACCCGUCUCCCUCGGCACCAAGCACGCUGUGCAUCUCUUGCGUGAGCGCUUUUCAGACGAAUCGGGCGAGCCGCCAUCACCCACAACACGCGCUCAGCGCAGUGUCCUUUUCACCGACUUCUGCCCUGAAGAGCGUACGAGCAAGCAAGACGCGACCAAGAUGUUCUUCGAGGUCCUUGUUCUUGGUACAAAGGACGCCAUCAAGGUCGAGCAAAGCUCAGACGAAUUGGGUGCACCGCUUCGCAUCCGGGGCAAGAGAGGUCUUUGGGGUGAUUGGGCAGAGAGGGGAGCUGGUGGCGAGAUUGCAAGCCAGCGACCCGAAGUUGCCGUCACCAUUUAA